CUGCGUGGCCCUCCUCCCCAUCGCUUCCUCUCCGCUACUCCCCUCCCCCGACCAGAUCGCGACGAGGCGCCGCGCGAUCCGACCCAGGCCGAGGCCGACGACCCAACUCGCCGCCGGCGGCCAUGGCGUACGGCGACCGCGUCACCACCUUCGAGGACUCCGAGAAGGAGAGCGAGUACGGCUAUGUCCGCAAGGUCUCUGGACCUGUGGUCGUGGCUGAUGGAAUGGCGGGUGCUGCCAUGUAUGAGCUUGUUCGUGUUGGCCACGAUAACCUCAUUGGGGAAAUUAUCCGUCUCGAGGGUGAUUCAGCUACAAUCCAAGUUUAUGAGGAAACAGCUGGACUUAUGGUUAAUGAUCCUGUUUUGAGAACAAGAAAGCCUCUUUCUGUUGAGUUGGGACCUGGAAUUCUAGGAAACAUUUUUGAUGGUAUCCAGCGCCCUCUAAAAACCAUUGCUAUUAAAUCAGGAGAUGUGUACAUUCCUCGUGGUGUUUCAGUUCCUGCCCUUGACAAAGAUACAUUGUGGGAGUUUCAGCCAAAUAAACUAGGUGUUGGAGAUGCCAUCACAGGUGGAGAUCUAUAUGCUACUGUCUUUGAGAACACAUUGAUGCAGCACCAUGUUGCUCUUCCACCUGGUGCUAUGGGGAAAGUAAGUUACAUUGCACCAGCUGGUCAGUACAGCCUGCAGGAUACAGUGCUAGAAUUGGAAUUUCAGGGCAUAAAAAAGCAAUUUACCAUGCUUCAGACAUGGCCUGUGCGAUCACCAAGGCCUGUUGCGUCGAAGAUUGCUGCAGAUACACCUCUUCUGACAGGGCAGCGUGUACUUGAUGCAUUGUUCCCCUCAGUUCUGGGAGGAACUUGUGCUAUUCCAGGAGCUUUUGGUUGUGGGAAAACUGUCAUUAGUCAGGCACUUUCAAAGUACUCCAAUUCCCAAGCUGUGGUUUACGUGGGCUGUGGUGAAAGAGGAAAUGAGAUGGCUGAGGUUCUCAUGGACUUUCCCCAGUUGACAAUGACAUUGGAAGAUGGCCGUGAGGAGUCAGUCAUGAAGAGAACAACACUGGUGGCUAACACAUCUAACAUGCCUGUCGCUGCUCGUGAAGCCUCCAUCUAUACAGGAAUUACAAUUGCUGAGUAUUUCCGUGACAUGGGUUACAACGUCAGCAUGAUGGCUGAUUCCACCUCCCGAUGGGCUGAGGCAUUGCGUGAAAUCUCAGGGCGUUUGGCUGAAAUGCCUGCUGAUAGUGGUUACCCAGCUUAUUUGGCUGCACGAUUGGCAUCCUUUUAUGAACGUGCUGGUAAGGUGAAAUGUCUAGGAAGUCCAGACAGGACUGGCAGUGUCACAAUUGUUGGAGCUGUCUCUCCUCCUGGUGGUGAUUUUUCAGACCCUGUUACCUCCGCAACCCUCAGUAUUGUUCAGGUCUUCUGGGGUUUAGAUAAAAAGCUUGCUCAAAGGAAGCAUUUCCCAUCUGUGAAUUGGCUCAUUUCCUACUCAAAAUACUCUCAGGCCCUUGAGUCCUUCUAUGAGAAAUUUGAUCCAGAUUUCAUUGAUAUUAGGACAAAAGCACGUGAGGUGUUGCAGAGGGAGGAUGAUCUAAAUGAAAUUGUGCAGCUUGUUGGUAAAGAUGCGCUGGCAGAAUCCGACAAGAUCACGCUGGAGACAGCAAAGCUUCUGAGAGAAGAUUAUUUGGCACAAAAUGCGUUUACCCCAUAUGAUAAGUACUGCCCAUUCUACAAAUCUGUUUGGAUGAUGCGCAACAUUAUUCACUUCAACACAUUGGCAAAUCAGGCUGUGGAGCGGGCAGCUGGUACUGAUGGCCAUAAGAUAACAUACAGUGUCAUAAAGCAUCGCUUGGGCGAUCUAUUCUAUCGCUUAGUAUCUCAAAAGUUUGAGGAUCCUGCGGAAGGCGAAGAUGCUUUGGUUGCCAAAUUUAAGAAACUAUAUGAUGACCUUACCGCUGGGUUCCGCAAUCUAGAGGAUGAGGCACGGUGAACUGUUGUAGAUUUUGUGUAAACAAUAAGGACUGCCAGAUGUUUCAUAAGAUACGGAAGUUGUAGAUUGAGAUCAUGUAUGAGAUUUUUCCGCGCCGCUACUUCGCCAUAUCACUGUUUUGGCCAUCUGUGCUCGACGGACACCCUGUUUAUUUCUAUGUAUCAUUUAUUGCCAUCAUCAUUGUAAUAAGCGAUGGGCAUGCGUGUAGUUGAAUAAGUACAAUGUCCAUGUAUUUAAACCAUCAAUGCCAUCUUUAUUUGUUUGUUGAAAAAUUAUGCUUCUUACC